AUGAGCAGCAUGAAACUGCGCGACAGUAUCCGCGCGCCGGUGCGAUAUGGCGAAGAUGAAUAUGAAACGCCGUCACAGAUCUCGCUGCGCCACGGAUACGACUCCUUUGACGACUCCAUCGAGCUUGGGGAAUCAGGCAGACCACGCCCACAAAAGAGGCGCAGGCCAAACACUGUGCCAUUCAACCCCAACCUGCCACCAGCUGCGUUUCCCAGUUUGAGCAGACCACAGCCAGGUCGUGAUUCCACCACUGCGCAGAAUCGCGCCGUUGGCGACAGCCAACAGCACAUGCAGACAAGCGACGUUGCACUCCCUCCCCGUAACGCUGGGUCAAUGCCAACCGUUCCAUCGCCUCCGUCUGGGAUGGAACGAGUCCCAAUGGAUCAGCUCGAUAACUACAUCGCCAGUAACAACAUGGACAAUCCGGUGUAUGCGAGGAACGUAAAUAUGGCGCGCAUGACUUGUGCGGAUGCGCCUCCGGGUACCGAGGAUAUGGGCACCUCCCCGGACAGUGAUGAUGAACCACUGCCAGAUGCGAGUCAGGUGCUCCUUGAUGCUAUCCCCAACCCGAAAUGGAAAGAUCUGCACAAGGCUAUGCAAGUUGAAAUCGUCGAAAACACAAUGAAGUACCAUAGCUGGAGACGCGUUUGCGACCUUCUUGGCCUUGGGCCAGAUGAGCGAAUACAGCUCAUGCAGGUCAUAAGCGUUCGCAACAAACAAAUCGAACGAGAGAAUAAAAGACUGGACCAAAUGCGACGCAGACAGCGAAGCGUACUCAUGAGAAUUGAUAACAGCGAUCUGAAGCAUUUUAAGCCGCCACCUCAAUUGGUGCUGAAAAGAAUCGCUCGAGAGACCAAUCGAAACCUGUUGCUCACGGAGUACACGGACCUUUUAAUGUGCCAGGCCCACGACGUCCUGAAAGCCAGACAGUACUUGCAUCAACACGGGCUACCUCGAAGAUAUGCCGGCGAUUGGGGAGACAGCCUGGUGGUGCUGCGAGAAUCCUCGGACUCCCAUGAACCCGACAAGUUCGAAUGGAAAGACAACCUGAGAUUCACUCCACCCCCCAAUGAGAUCGAGACCCCAAUCAAUCCUUUGAUGGACCCAGUCAGUAGUGCGAAGAGUGCAUUCAUUCAAAGCAUUGGUACACGUAUGGACGGCACAAUGAACCCAAUGGAUUUAAUCCAACGUGACUCUGACGAUCUUGGUCCCAUGCUGAAUUGGGGAAAGUAUUAUGAACGGAAACCGGACUCGUCGUGGGACACCACAAAGCCUCGACUGGGUGGAAUGGUCAGGCUGAACAUCGGUCCACGCAACGCCGCUCAGAUCCAACAAUACAAGCAAGCCGGUGUCAGACCACAAGGACUAUCCUCUGCAACUGUCACGCCAGAAUCAUUUCCACCGGAGUUUCUACAAGAAACCCCAUCUAAGGCGCCACGGAACGGGAACGUCGCCCAGCCAUUUUUCAAGAAACCCGCCAAACCUAUCAGCAGAGUCCUCACCGGAAACCAGCCUUCGGUGGAUUGCAGCCCAACGGAGAGCCAACUCAAGUAUCAACGAAACAUACAGCAGGCCAAGCUUGAGAAAAUAGAGGCCCAGGCCGAGGCGAUGCACCGUCAGUUCAACUACCAGCCAACCCUCCAAGUUAAUGGCGUUGGUCUUGGAAUAAGCCCCGCACGUGCAAAGUUUCAGACGCCUCCGUUGACCCAGCCCGUCGAAGAAGACAUGCCUUCGAGCUUUUUCGCUCGGGCGUACCGUGGAAUGACAAACAUGAACGUUGAUCGCCUCAUUGAUGAAUUUGUCUGCUUUGAGCCUAUUGUGAUGCCAGAAGAAAGCGAUCCCAUGAAACCCGAGGGAGAGCCUGAUGAAGAACCAAGUUCCACUGAUAUUAGCACGAUCACUGAGAUGUCCUUGGAUGAUGUGAUGCUGGUGCCGACAGAUGGCUGUUCCUCUUCGGAGUAA